GUUUGAAUAUGUGUGGACUGUAACAUACGAAACUGUUCCAGAUUUUAUCGGUCACUCGUUCAUAACUUCACACUGUUUGUGUGACUUAUUCAAUGUUGGUGGCUGCUGCUUUUUACAAUUGGCAUCAUUCCCUUGAUCCUUUCUUUUAUCUUUAUUUCUUUAUAUAUAUCAUACAUGUAUGUAUGUAUAUAUCUUUUUCUCUCUCACAUAUUACACACACUGAAAGAUUUUGAAUUAGUAGAGUUUGAUAUAGUCUAAAGCUAGGAGUUGAACAGAGACCAAGAGUUUUUAUGGUUCCUCUGCAAAUUUGGUUAUACAUAUGUUUGAUGUUGGAGGGAUAUCCAUGAGAGUUUAAUCCUUGUAAAUAUGGAGAACGAAUUGACCGAAUACGCGAGGAAGAAAGACAAAAAGGUUGCUAAUCAUGGGCUGCAGAUUAUCAAGCACCCUUCAUACGAAACUUAUGGUAAACGAUUAUUAUCUUGGUUUGAUAUACGUGUGUUCUACGUUAGAGUGAACAAUUUCAUGGUUGAUGGUCACACCCCCGAAUACCUCACCCUAUACCAUAUACCGUUGGACCCCGACACUGUUCUUGAAGUAAACGGCAAAAGAUGUACCUUACAAUCAGAGGGUAUGUCAUGUCGUUUAAGAAGAAACAGAGUAGACAAGAAGUUCGAGGAAGCUACUUUCGUGAGCACCGACAGUGUAAGGUUGUCUGGUGGAGUGAAAUUCGAGGUUUUUGACGGUGACGAACUUAUUCUGUCUGGUGCUUUGGAGAUGUGUAAUGAAAAAGAUAACGAUAUUAGGAGAUGGAGUAUGAGUUGCGAGUCGAUGGUUUGUGCUAGUAACGGAUUUUUUAAGGAUAAGCAGACGGCGGGAUAUGAUUCAAUGCCGCCGAUGAUGGAAGUCUAUGUUGCGGGAUCGUUUUCAGGGACGCCGAUUAUUUUGACGAAAACAUUGCAGGUUGGUUUCAAGAAGAAACAAAAUCGAAAAGGGACGUUAGAUUCGAUUCCUGAGUAUGAGACCGCAGAAUGUCAAAAGGAUCUUGAUCUUCAGAUGGCAGGAUAUCGCGAUUAUAAAUAUGGAUAUGAGUCAUAUGACGAUAAUUAUGAUAACAGUUUGGGCUGGAGCCAGAGAGAGUUUAUGGAAGGUGAAGAUGGUGCGUUAUCAUGGUUCAAUGCGGGUGUUAGGGUAGGUGUCGGGAUUGGGCUCGGUGUUUGUCUCGGGGUUGGAGUUGGAGUCGGUCUUCUUGUUCGGACGUACCAAUCAACUACUCGAAACUUUAGAAGACGGUUUUAAUAAUUCCUCUUUUCCUUGUUUACCAGUUUGCCUUUUUAUCAUAUGUUACACAAGAUGUAGAAAAUAACCUAUCUUUUCAUAAGUUUUAUAAUACUAGUUACCAAAUCGACACGCAGUGAUGUGAUUUUCACC